AGCCGCGAGGAAAGGUUAGUCCCUCAUGAUGAACUGUGAUUGUAUUGUGACGAGUAGUUUCUGACUUUUGUGUUGUUUUGUAGGGUUCCAGCCCCUUCAAGUGCUCCUGGUGCAAUAGUGGGCCAGGACACGAGUGGUACUGCAGGUACUCCGAGUACAUCCACUCCUGCUCCGAGUCCUACACCCCCCGCGACUAGCACUGGUCCGAUGCGGAGGGUGCUGCAGGUACCUAGGAAACUUAUCGUCAAAAGGGCAAAGACGUAUGUUUUUUACCUGAAAAGUAGUCAAUACUUUUCCAGAUGAACUCCUUUUUAAUUUUGUGUUAUGCAGGAGUGUGGCCGAAUUGAACCUGCAACUGGUUAGAGUGCCGUCGGCUGCUUCGGCUCAGGGCCCCAUGGAUGAGGCCAUAGAGGUGGCGGCACCCGAUGCAGGGAUGCCUGCUCUGGCAAGGACUUCACCUCCCUCUGCUGCUGCUGAAACGACGGAUGUGGAGGAGGUGGGAGAUAGGGGUCCUACUUGGUCAGCGGAACAAUCUUCUCACCAAGGCGUGCCACCCCCAAGGUCAGGUCCACUGGGGACUUCAGCCCCAAAGGUGUCUCCCCCCGAGUCGGUGAAUGAGAUCCCCGUUGGGCUGAUCGAGGAUGAUCUGCUUGAUGAAGAUCUUUGCCACAAUAUGUUGAACUCGCUGCGACGAGUGUACAAACACCACAAGAGUAAUCCUGCGCUCCGAGUCAAAUCAUCAAUCUUGGCUGUGAAGUCUGAAGGCCUCCAGCCAGUUCCUGUGCUGAAGCAGGAACUUGAAGAAAAAGGUGUUGUAAUUGCUGAGCUCAGGAGGCAGUUGGCUACUGCUCGCGAGAGUGGUGGGGUCCUUGGCGCUGCGAGUACUUCAAGUCAGUACCAGGAGGAACUAGCUCGAGUCCAGAAUCUUGAAGAGUACAAGAAAACCAUCAAACAACAGCUUGAUGGUGCUGACAAAAAGCUUGCCGAGAACAUGAACACCAUCCAGAAGCUGAAACUGCGACAAGGAGAGGAGGGAUCUAGAGAUCUUUGA